GGCCAGAGAUAGAACCUGAAUCCUCAUUGAUCCUAGUCAGGUUUGUUAACCGCUGAACCAUGACGCUAACUCCUAAAUCAUCAUUCUUGAGUGCUCUGGUCACUGGGAUGUAGAAUAGUGUAAUUAGAUAGACAGUGUUAAUAAUUACCUUGCUCAUCAUGAUUCAUGCUGGCAUCUCGGGACUUUAUAUGUGGUUAUGAGGUUUUAGACUUAAAAGUUAGACUUUCCAAAGGAGUUCCCUGAUGGCCUAAAUGUUAAGGAUCUGGUGUUGUCACUGCUGUGACAUGGGUUUGAUCCCUGGCCCGGGAACAUCUGCAUGUCACAGGCACAGCCAAAAAAAAAAAAUUACACUUUCCUGAUGCCUUGAUUUGAGUGAUUAUCAGAGAGACAAGAGAAUUAAAGGAAACAAAGACUUUAAAAUAGACAAAAAUGCACUUAGAAAAGGGAGAAGGAGGGAGAUCUAAAAAAACAGUCUUUAAAACAUGAGUCAUCACUAUGCAGAUCCAGAUUUAUCAUAGGUCUCUAUUUACUGGAUUUAGUCUUAAUCAUGUAAGAUAAUUUUAAAAAAUCCACCAGAACAUACUCUAAGGUGUUUAGUUUGAUUUUUUUAAUACUAUUUUAUGCAGAGGGUUCUGUUGUUUUUUAAGCACUAGAGGUGCAAGUCAAACACCAACUCACACUUUAGAUAUACCACUCAGUUAAUAAGAUUAUGUUGUGUUGGAGUGGUGCAAUGGAAUGAUGGUGCAACAGGCCUCUUGGGAGCCCUGGGACGAAGGUUCGAUGCCUGGCCUGGCACAGUGGGUGAAGGAUUUGGCAUUGCUGCCGCUUUUAUUGCCGCAGCUUCUAUUGCCACAGCUUUGGUUUAGGUUGCAACUGUGGCUCGGAUCUGAUCUCUGGCCCCAGAACUCCACAUGCUGUGGGGUGGCCAAAAAGGAAAAAGAUUAUGUUGUGUUGAUUCAACCAAUUUUGGGUAACUGGAAAUGCAUAUCAGUAUCAUUGUUCAGCAAUUUCUUAUCUUGGGAUCACAACAAUUUAAGAACCAAUAUUCACAUAAAUAUGUACACCUAAAUGGCAGGGGUUUUUUUUCUUUUCUUUUUUUUUUUUUUUAAAGUGCUUUAUGAUGUCAGGGUGACUACAGGAGAGCAUGCCCAGAAAGUUGCUAAAGAAAUGGAUGGAUAACUUCUUAGCUACUGAUUGCGGAAAUUCUGGAAGUCUGUUUCCUGAGUCAUAUGAUGGACUGAAUGGGUAAACCAAUUCACUAGUAAGUUUCCUUUACUCAUUAAAGGAUUUUUUUUUUUUCAUUGAACAAAGAUGAAGUUUUAUUUGAUCACUUACUAAUCUUACACUAACAUUUCCAGCACAUGUAAAUGAACUAGUAGUUUCAAAGGAGUCAUAGUUCUCUAUCAACUCUUCAUCCAAUUCCCAGUUUUCGUUAGCGCCAGCUCUUCCCGUGCAAAAAAAAGUACUCAGUUUGUUUUACAGUUGUUGAUUGCCUUGACAAAGUAAACAGUGUUUGAGUCAGUCUUAAUCACUUUAAUAGGUGAACAAAGAAUCAAUUCAGCUUAUCUACAUUUAUUUUCCUUUAUAAAGAAAAGGUCAAUCCAACCCUGGCUUAGAAAACUUACCUCAACCAAACAAAUGUACCUCUAGAUAACGGAGCAGGAUUUUAAAGUUCCUUCUUGGGCACAAAUUGAUGCCUUAGAAGGUAAGUAAUCAAAUGUCUACAUUUACUAAAUUUUACUAUACCGAACAUAAUAAGAAAAAUCCAGAGUCUAAUUUUUGAAGGUGGAGGCUGUGAAUGCUGGAAAUGUCCAGAGCCUUCAAAAUUUGACCCCAUCUGCAUAAACGUCCAUACUUUUCCUCUACUUAAUGACAUGCUACCUAAAAAUCUCACCUUCCUUUUGUAGAAAUCUUGUUACAAAUUAAAGUCUUCAAAUUCCCCAUUUAAAACCUAAUAGAGUCCAAUAAAAUUGCCAAAUUGUUAACAUCUAUGCUAUUAUCCAACUCUAAGGUAAACAGGUUUAGCUUAACCAGUUAUUUAAGGCUGUUUUUGAGCACAUUAAAUUGUAUCAUUAAAAAUUCUCCAUAAACAUAUUUUUUUAAAAAACCAGCUUGCCUGCUUUUCUUUUCAAAUAGAUCCGGUCAUGUCUAUAACACAAAGUUUCACCGGAGCGUCUCAUUUUGUAAGUAUCGUAGCCUUCUAAGCCACCUGACACUGAUUUUUAGGGGAACGUAAAAACAUUUUUAAAAACUUGCUUGUUGGUUUGUGCUUCUUCUGGCUAUUGCUUCUAGAGUCAUCUCUGUUUUUAGUCUCAAAAUUUGCAUGACUGCCUUUUUGAUUCUGCUUCAAGACUCAUUCUUAUCCAUGCAACAAAUAUUGCUCGAAAUUUGAGCAAGAUGGGCUCAAGUCUAGUUAUUUGCAUCGCUUCCAUAACAGAAUCCAUAUUUUAAACAGGUACGACCUACACUUUUGGGUUUACUGUUGCUGCUAACCACUUCUUAGCGGGGCUGUCACCUUCGUUACGUUCGUUUUCCACGACAGAUCUGAUAGAGAGUGUUGGAGUUUUUAUUACCGCUUGUAUUUUCUCUGGUUUGGGGCUUACACUUAAACGCCCUGUUAUCCAUCUCCAAUCCGUGCUCCUGGCAGAAAACACGAUUUUCACGACGAACUACACAUGAGGUCGGUAAAUGCCGGACUCUGGAGGCGGGACCCUCGGCUGCCCCAAGUAGUAAACAAAGCCCCGCGCAGGCGCUGUGGCAGCAGAAAGGAUGUGUGGACAUCUGCACAAGCAGUGGAUUUGGGCAUGCGGCAUCUGAAAGCAAGCAGGCUCUGAGCCAAGGAGAAAGCAGAGGACAGAUAUGAAUGUGUUCCCAAGCUUUCCUGGUGGUUUAUGGCAUUCUCCAAACUCCUCUGCAAGGGCUGUUCCUGACCAAGAAGACCCAGGGAGACCCUCUCUGAAAUCAAGUCCAGAUGAAGAACUAAGAGGAAAAAAAUGAAUAUGGUUUUUGCUCACAGAAUGGAUAACAACAAGCUGCCUUUGGUCGUUCCCACGCUUCUGGUGCCCCUGCAAAACCACAGCUGCACGGAGAUGGCUGCCCCUCUGCUGAGCCGGGACCUGGCGGCACUGUCUGGGGAGCCUGGCUGGAUGGGCAACGGGACAGAUCUGCAGCCUGGACCGCGCCCCGGGGAAGUGGCCACAGCCAGCAUUUUCUUUGGGGCCCUGUGGUUGUUUUCUGUCUUUGGAAACUCCCUCGUGUGCCUGGUCAUCCACCGGAGCAGGAGGACUCAGUCCACCACCAACUACUUUGUGGUCUCCCUGGCAUGUGCGGACCUCCUGGUCAGUGUGGCCAGCACGCCUUUCGUCCUGCUGCAGUUCGCUGCUGGCCGCUGGACACUGGGCAGCGCCAUGUGCAAGGCUGUGAGGUAUUUUCACUAUCUCACCCCCGGCGUCCAGAUCUAUGUUCUCCUCUCCAUCUGCAUAGACCGAUUCUACACCAUUGUCUACCCUCUGAGCUUCAAGGUAUCCAGAGAAAAGGCCAAGAAGAUGAUUGCAGCCUCAUGGAUCUUUGAUGCGGCCUUUGUGACCCCUGUGUUCUUUUUCUAUGGCUCCAACUGGGACCAUCAUUGUAACUAUUUCCCCCCUUCCUCUUGGGAAGGAACUGCCUAUACUGUCAUCCAUUUCUUGGUGAGCUUCGUGAUUCCCUCUGUCCUCAUAGUCUUGUUUUACCAGAAGGUCAUCAAGUACAUUUGGAGAAUAGGCUCGGAUGGCCGAACCGUGAGGAGGACCAUGAACAUCGUCCCAAGGACAAAAGUGAAAACUGUCAAGAUGUUCCUCAUCUUAAAUCUACUGUUUUUGCUCUCCUGGCUGCCUUUUCAUGUCGUCCAGCUGUGGCAUCCCCAUGAGCAAGACUCUAAGAAAAGUUCCCUGGUUUUCACAGCUAUCACGUGGAUAUCCUUUAGUUCCUCGGCCUCUAAACCUACUCUGUAUUCAAUUUAUAAUGCCAAUUUUAGGAGGGGUAUGAAGGAGACUUUCUGUAUGUCCUCGAUGAAGUGUUACCGAAGCAAUGCCUAUACCAUCACAACUAGUUCAAGGAUGGCCAAAAAAAACUAUGUUGGCAUCUCUGAAAUCCCUUCCACGGCCAAAACUAUAUCCAAAGACUCCAUCUAUGAUUCAUUCGACAGAGAAGCCAAGGAGAAAAGGCUUGCUUGGCCCAUUAAUUCAAAUCCACCAAAUACUUUUGUCUGAUUUCUCAGAAUUCUUUCAAUUAUUGUCAUGCACCUGUGAUUAAAAAGUUUAUAAAAACAGAAGCUACUUACAUUUUUUUUCAAUCAACUUUCUGAGAGAAAUGUUUUAUUUUGUAAAGUGCACUCACUAUGAUUUUGUGGAUUUUAUUUUAGUUGCUUUUUGUUUUAGAGGAAGCUUUCACCUUGAGCUUAUGGUCUGUCAGCAGUCCCUUUACUAUGUUAGUUACAUACAUUAAAAGAAAGAAUGCUUUCUUACUUUUUAUUUACCAUUUGGUCCAAAAAGUAUAAACCAUGUACAUGAUCUUUGAUUAAUGAUUCAAAACCUGGCUUUAUUCUGUUUCCUUUUUCUCCUUCCUACUGAAAUUUUGUAACUUCUGUUCCAAAUGAAAUCUCCUAUGUGACACACUUCA